AUGCUUCCUUCCAUUCACACUCCGAAUCAUGAUCAACGGCAUCUUUGUGAUGGUUUAUGGAUCUUGUAUUACCACUGUGUUUCGAGUUUGAGUUCAUUUUCAAGCAUGGAAGCUCACGGAGUCAUUCAAAAUACAAAAUUUAUAAUCGAUGAUGAAUCGACCCAUUUCAGGAAAUCGAAUGACUCGAAUUCAACAAACACAACAUCACUCUCUCGUAGGCAAUACAAUUGUACGGAUUCUUUGAUCACGUGUCGUGUCGAGGGAUAUUUGCAAAAUGUGUCGCUGAGACAUGUCUUUUUAUUAAUGUUGAGAGAGAAAUUUCUGGAGGAGGAUUAUCGAGAGAAGUAUUUGAUGAGUGCAUCUGCUGAAACGGUGACUCUCAUUGGAUUAAUCGCCAAGAAAUGUUUACGGCUAUUGGAAGAGGGAUUUAAAUCUGAAGAAAUCAUUCAAGCAUUAACUGUAUUUUGUGAAACAUGCAUUCAAGAAAUUCGAUCACAUUCUAUUGCCAUCAAGGAAAAUGAAAUGUAUUCGUUUUUGGACCGCAUUCACAAAAAAGCAAUUCAAGGAGAAAACGAACCUCUUCGACUUGCAACAGAAUCUCUAUUGGCAUUGCCAUUAGAGACCUUUUCACGAAAUGGCACGACUCUUUCUCUAUUCAUUAAUAACGGACGAGUGAAUUGCUACAAAUUUAUGGGAACAGGAAGGAAAAGUUUUAUCUGUCACGGACUCGUGUUGCCUGUUCAUUUUUCUAAUCUUUCAAGUGUUGGAUUUGCUGUGGAGGGGAAAUGUCUAUUCAUUGAGGGUCACUUAAUGGACAGCAACGUUUUGAAUUUUGUGCAGGAAAAUUAUAUCAAGAUCGUAUUUUGUUCAGGAGAAAUAGCUGAACCUCUACGAGACCUUUUCACAAAUCAUCAAAUUUGUUACAUGUAUCAUAUUUCACAAAAGGAUGCAAACAAAAUUUUUCACAUUUGCAAUAUUAUGCCGCUUCCUUCAAUAUUUUUGGAAGAAUUAUUUUCAGAGGAACAACAUUGUGCCCAAAUCUCCAUUAAUCCUUUAGAAGGAUUUGAACACGAGAACAUUUAUCACAACUCAACGGACAAGUAUGUGACCCUUCUUGGCAAGAAUUUCACAAGAUCUGUUAUCUCAUGUGUCAUUUGUUGCAGCAGUUUGAAAGUUCGUCUCUAUGAAGAAAAAUAUUGGGAAUGUAUGAUAUUUCUUUGGAAUUGUUUAAAGCACAAAGAAUAUACAGCAAACAAAUUGAACACUCUCACUCAAUGUAUGCAAGUAAUGGAAUCUUACUGCGAAACGUUAGAGAGAAAAUCGACACUUCCUCCAAACACUUUCCAUGAGAGCCUUAGAGACAUGAUUUGGAUUGCUCUUUCCACAUCAGGAUUAGAGUAUAGCAAAUGCACUUCGGUUACUCAAACGAUUUGCAGUGGUCAACCAUUGGAAAGUUCAGAUUCAAUGUUGGAGAAUGAAACAGAUACUUUCUCGCUUGAGCGAAUGUUUGAAAUUGUGCAUAACAUGUUUUCCAUCAUCUUGAAUACGGAUAUUGUUAUCAAGUGA